CCCCCAUUCCACAAAUCAGCUCAACAUGCAGGCAAAAGGUUGGUCACCUGACAAGCAACAACUGGAUGUAUUUGUUCAAUCAGUCAGACCUUUAGUCAAACUGCAGAGAACGACGAGGGACGACGUUUCUCUUCGUGCAACAUCAUGGAUUUCUCCAGCACGUUGUUGUUAUUCGGGCUAAUUUUCGCCUUAUUGUGGCUGUUAAGCCUGAAGAACCGCAGACGGUGGAGUUUGCCUCCAGGACCUCCUGGUCUGCCUUUAAUAGGAAACUUACUGCAGCUGGACAAACGAGCUCCCUUCACAAGUCUGCUAAAGCUCAGUGAGACCUAUGGGCCGGUGAUGACGGUGUACCUGGGCCCUCAGCGUGCCGUGUUUCUGGUGGGGUAUGAAGCUGUGAAGGAGGCGCUGGUGGACAGAGCAGAGGACUUCACUGGCAGAGGACCUGUUCCUUUCCUAAUCAGGGCCACCAAAGGCUAUGGUUUGGCGGUCAGUAAUGGAGAACGUUGGCGACAGUUACGACGGUUCACGUUGACAACUCUGAGAGACUUUGGGAUGGGACGGAAGGGCAUGGAGGAGUGGAUCCAGGAGGAGAGCCAACACCUGGUGAACCGAAUUAAUGGUACCAAUGCUGCACCUUUUGAUCCGACCUUCUUCCUGAGCUGCUCGGUGUCCAACGUGAUCUGCUGCCUGGUGUUUGGACAACGUUUCAGCUACGACGAUAAAGACUUCCUGGAACUUCUGCACAUAAUCUCAGACACCCUGAAAUUUGGCAGCAGUCCCUGGGGUCAGCUGUACAAUAUCUUCCCUCGGCUGAUGGAACGGCUGCCUGGUCGACAGCACAAAGUGUUUGCCAACAUUGAAAAGCUGAGACAGUUUACGAUGACAAAGAUCCAGGAACACCAGGACACUUUGGACAUCAGCUCACCUAGAGAUUACAUUGACUGCUUCCUCACUAGACUCAGUCAGGAAAAGGACAUUCCCACAACUGAGUUCCAUCACAACAACUUGGUCUCUACAGUGUUGAAUCUGUACCUGGCAGGAACUGAAACCUCCAGCUCAACCAUGAGAUACGCACUAAAUUUACUGAUCAAAUACCCCAAAAUACAAGAAACUAUGCAGCAGGAGAUUGACACUGUGGUUGGACGUAAUCGUUGCCCUUAUAUGGAAGACAGGAAGUCCCUCCCCUUUACAGAUGCUGUCAUCCAUGAAAUUCAGCGCUGUAUGGACAUCAUCCCUCUGGGUGUCCCUCGCUAUGCUGUCCAAGACAUCUCUUUCAGGGGUUACACACUUCCCAAGGGUACGUUAAUUUUUCCCAUGCUGCACUCUGUGCUGAAAGAGGAAAAACAGUGGGCCACCCCCUGGACAUUUAAUCCUCAACACUUUUUGGACCAGAAUGGCAACUUCAAGAAAAACCCUGCUUUCCUGCCAUUCUCUGCAGGAAAGAGAUCUUGUGCUGGAGAGUCCCUCGCUCGCAUGGAGAUUUUCCUCUUCAUGGUGUCACUUGUGCAGAAUUUCACCUUUUCCUGCUCUGAAGGACCUGACAGUAUUGACCUCAGUGCAGAGUACAGCAGCUUCGCCAACCUGCCUCGCCAAUACAUGAUCAUUGCAACUCCCAGGUGCUAAACAUGCCUUAAUUGAAGGAAAGCUUUUUCAACCUCUUAUCUGGCAUAAAUCCUUCAAAUCAGGGAUCAUUUUAUACCAAGGAGCUUGAGUAAUGUUAUUAGUAUUCUCAUUUACACUGUGACAUUCUGGCUAUACAUAUUCUGAGUCGACUUCUUUAGAUGUGUAGAAUAUGCUAGACUUCCUGUCUAGAGAGUAAAAUAUUGCAAUCUAAGCUUACAUUUAUGGUUUACAUUUACAUUAAAAUGGAAAAUUAUGAACAUCUCACUUAUGUUUUGGACCAUAUAACCAAACUGAGUAGACAAAGAUAUAUACGGUUAAAGCAAGGGUUAAUGGUUUUACCAAGAAUUUUUCGGUGGCUGUUACUUUAUGUCACAAUGGGUUUUCUCUUUUUUAGGGUUUAGUGAUGCCCUCAGAAAACACAGUGCACUAUUAAAAGUGUACUUGCUAUGCUGUGACUAUUCCAAUAUCAUCUCAAAGGGAAGAUUAAGUCUGAUUGUGUAAUGUAUAUACAAUUUAUCUAAACUGCCUGUCUUUUUAGCGGAUGCCUAAAUACUAGAAAUGUGGCUAAUUGUGUAGGUAUAUUUACACUCAUCAAACAGCAAUGUUUUGGGAAACGAUAUAAGGUGUAGUAGGUAUCUGUACUUUUAUGCAUGAAUCACACAAUAAAAACAAUUGUACUUUAGUCCAUUGAUGAUGGCACACUGGCGACUAUGAGAUGUUUUAUAUAAUUUUACAGAAGUGUAAAAAUGCAGCACUCAUUUAGUGCAAGUUUUUCAGCACUGACUCUAUAGAUUGAGUUUUCUUUGGUUACACAUCUGACUGUGCAUUGAAUAACUGCAGAGGUGAGAGAGUUGAUUCAUAAAAAGAUCCAGGAGCACAAAGAGACACUGGUUAGUAUAAUAAUUUCUAUAUUCAGUUUCAUAAUGGCAAUGUAAACCAGGGUAUAAUGCCCCCUUUAAGAACAAUGUCAACUCUCUGAACACAAGAAGUAUGUUUCAAUGAGCCACUUUAGACCGUAAAUAAAUCAUAAUUGACAAUGGGUUUUUUAUAAGAACUCUAAAUAUUAAAUCUUUAGGGGGGGCGGGAAUCUUAAGCCAUUUACGGAACACAAACUUGUUGCUUAUGUAUAAUCUUAACUAUAUUCUGAAGUUUUGAUGUUGUCCUGACUUUAUCUGUAACAUGAAUGUUAGAUAAGACAAAAAUAUUGAUUUUUCUUUUUAAAACAGUUUGACUAUUGCCAAGUAAUAUACAAUUAAGGUUUACAAUUGAAGUUAGAACCUUACGUUAUUAUCUCUGAUAUUGUUUGUUUAUUUUUAUGCUUUUUUUCUUACACCGGAAGGACUGUAACAGUAACACUGCUGAAGCAAACACAAUUUCUGUGUGUUCUUUUGGACAAAUGCAACAAUUUGUGCCACUCUUUUUAAUACGAAAUUAAAUUGUUUAAUAAGCGUC